AUGGCCGCGCAGUGCUGCUGCCGCAAGGCGCCGGGCGCCGAGGCCGCGCCCGCCCGCCCGCCGCCCGAGCCGCCGCCCGCCCUGGACGUGGCCUCGGCCUCCAGCGCGCAGCUCUUCCGCCUCCGCCACCUGCAGCUGGGCCUGGAGCUGCGGCCCGAGGCGCGCGAGCUGGCCGGCUGCCUGGUGCUCGAGCUGUGCGCGCGGCGGCCCGCACUCCGCGCGCUCGUGCUCGACGCGCACCCGGCCCUGCGCCUGCACUCGGCCGCCUUCCGCCGCGCCCCCGCGCAGACCUGCGCCUUCGCCUUCGCCGCCCAGCCGGGGCCCGCGCCGCCGCCGCCGCCGCAGCCCGCCUUCCCGGACGCGCCCUCCGCCGAGCCCGCCGGCUGCCCGCUGGCCUUCCGGCUCGACCCGUUCACCGACUACGGCUCCUCGCUCACCGUCACCCUGCCGCCCGAGCUGCCGGCGCACCAGCCCUUCCAGGUCAUCCUGCGCUACACCUCGACCGACGCGCCCGCCAUCUGGUGGCUGGAGCCCGAGCUGACAUACGGCCGCACCAAGCCCUUCGUAUUCACGCAGGGCCACUCUGUAUGCAACCGCUCCUUCUUCCCCUGCUUCGACACGCCCGCGGUGAAGUGCACCUACUCAGCUGUGGUCAAGGCGCCAUCCGGGGUGCAAGUGCUGAUGAGCGCCACACGGAGCACCUACGAGGAAGAGGAGGGCGUCUACCGCUUCCACAUGGAACACCCCGUGCCCGCCUACCUCGUGGCCCUGGUGGCCGGGGACCUCCAGCCGGCUGACAUCGGGCCCAGGAGCCGCGUGUGGGCUGAGCCUUGCCUCCUGCCCACGGCCACCAGCAAGCUGUCAGGCGCCGUGGAGCAAUGGCUGAGCGCUGCGGAGCGGCUCUAUGGGCCCUAUAUGUGGGGCAGGUACGACAUCGUCUUCUUGCCCCCUUCCUUCCCCAUCGUGGCCAUGGAGAACCCCUGCCUCACCUUCAUCAUCUCCUCCAUCCUGGAGAGCGACGAGUUCCUGGUCAUAGACGUCAUCCAUGAGGUGGCCCACAGCUGGUUCGGCAACGCAGUCACCAAUGCCACCUGGGAGGAGAUGUGGCUGAGCGAGGGGCUGGCCACCUAUGCGCAGCGCCGCAUCACCACGGAGACUUACGGUGCUGCCUUCACCUGCCUGGAGACCGCUUUCCGGCUGGACGCCCUGCACAGGCAGAUGAAGCUGUUGGGCGAGGACAGUCCGGUCAGCAAGCUGCAGGUCAAGCUGGAGCCAGGGGUGAACCCCAGCCACCUCAUGAACCUCUUCACCUACGAGAAGGGGUACUGCUUUGUGUACUACCUGUCCCAGCUCUGCGGGGACCCCCAGCACUUCGACAACUUCCUUCGUGCCUACGUGGACAAGUACAAGUUCACCAGCGUGGUUGCACAGGACCUGCUGGACUCCUUCCUGAGCUUCUUCCCAGAGCUGAAGGAACAGAGUGUGGAUUGCCGAGCAGGGCUGGAGUUUGAGCGCUGGCUCAACGCCACAGGACCCCCUCUGGCCGAGCCUGACCUGUCCCAGGGGUUCAGCCUGACCCGGCCUGUGGAGGCGCUCUUCCAGCUCUGGACCGCUGAGCCUGUGGACCAGGCCGCUGCUUCAGCCAGUGCUGUGGACAUCUCCAAGUGGAGGACCUUCCAGACAGCACUCUUUCUGGACCGCCUGUUAGACGGCUCCCCACUGCCACAAGAGGUGGUGACCAGCCUGUCCCAGUGCUACUCGGCCCUGCUGGACUCCAUGAAUGCCGAGAUCCGCAUCCGCUGGCUGCAGAUCGUGGUGCGCAACGACUACUACCCAGACCUGCACCGAGUCCGGCGCUUCCUAGAGAGCCAGAUGUCCCGCAUGUACACCAUCCCUCUGUAUGAGGACCUGUGCACCGGAGCUCUCAAGUCCUUUGCCCUGGACGUCUUCUACCAGACCCAGGGCCGGCUGCACCCCAACCUGCGCAGGACCAUCCAGCAGAUCCUGUCCCAGGGCCUGGGUCCCUGCGGCGAGCAGGGGGCCACAGGGGAGGCCCAGGCGGCGCCAGCUGCCCUGCUGCGGGGAGACGAGGCCCCAGGCAGCGCCAUCGCUCUCAGGGAUGUCAACGUGUCUGCGUAGCCUCUGCCUGCAGAUGCCACAAUUGUGCCUUUCCAGGCCACCAGACUGUGGCCCCUCCCAGCUGACUGCGGGCUGUGGGCCAGGGGCUGGCCCGCCACAACCCCACAUUGUGCCUUAUGUCUGUGAGGGGGGCCCCCACUUGCAGUCCCCGCAGCUGUCUCCUCUCCGAGGCCAAGGGACGAGGACCAGACAUGCUCUCCUUUGUGGGCAGCGGACACGUGAGCACACAAAGUGGCCACCCUGGGCAGGGAGAAGCCUUAGCCCCUCAGGGAAUUCGGGGUCCUGGGCCCCAGGGACCGGAUGGGACAGGACAAUGCAGUGACUCUCUGGGGACAGGCGGCAGGUGCUCUUAGCCCCCGGGAAUCCUGACCACGCACACUGGGACGCCAGACCCACGGGCAGUCCCAUUCAUUAAACCCCACUCUGCAAAUGACCCAAAA